AUGGCUCACUCAAAUAUGGUUGACAGUCCGAAUUUAUUUUUAAGUAAUUAUGAGAGCCUUGAACAGGAGCGUCCGUGGUUGUCAACGGAGCCCCUGCCUAAAAUUGCCGGGUUGCCGGAUUACGGUUAUAGAUUGGGUUUUGAUUACGUACACACGAAAAAAUGUCGGCCAUUCAAACGUCCCCGGCUGAAACAUGUCUACAAACAUGUUGGCUUCUUCUUUAGGUACACAAAACAUUGGUACAGGCAGAGGAGGAGAGGAAAAAGAUUGUUUAUAGAUAACUUCAAUAUGGUUGACUGGAAACCUAUAUAUGGUGCUCCAAUUGGCGGCAUAGGUGGUGGCACCAUUGGCCGAGGUUCCAAGGGGGAGUUUUGCCGAUUUCAAAUGAGACCCGGAAUCUACAAUUAUGAUGUGGUUCAUGCUGAUCAAUUCAUCCUAACCUUAAGACAAGACAACAAGACUGUAUACCAGAACGUUCUCAGUCCAAACCGGCCACCAAAAAAUGUCCUAAAAUCCUGGAAGUGGGAUUUCCCAAAAGAAAAUGGCGUCUACCAUGCCCUCUAUCCAUUUUCAUGGACAGUUUAUAAUAUUGAAGAGUUUGGGGUCCGACUAAUAUGCAAGCAGACAUCACCUUUUUUGCCUAAAGAAUAUAAAGAUUCAAGCCUACCAUGUGCAAUCUUUGAUUGGUCGAUAGAAAACCUUUCGGAAAAACCCAUACAAGCCAGCAUCACUUUCACAUUUAAGAACGGUCAAGGGGGUCCAGAGGAUAAAAAUGGUGGCGACUCCAACACGGUGUCCCGCAUGUUAUAUUUCGAUCCCAACUCUGACGGAUCGAUCCUGUGGGAUUAUUUGUGGCAGGAGGGAGGACUCAACAAGGAUAAGGAAAUUGGAACCAGCCAGACGACCAAUAAGGGAGAAGAGCUGGCCGUGGCCGUGUGCAUUUCGACCAAUCAGGAGCCGGGAACGGUCAGAAAUUCCCAGUUUUGUUUGAGCUGGUACAUGCCCAAGAUUUGCUUUGCUAAGCGGGAUAUUGUUUAUGAACGGAGGUAUACAACAUUUUUUCAUUCCCUUGAGCAAAUUGUCGGUCACUCUUUCAAGAGCUAUCCUGAUUGGACGACAAAUAUAGAAAAAUGGCAGUGGGAGGUCCUCAGAUGUCACGAGUAUAGAAUGUACAACACAUACGACGUUCAUCAUUAUGCUUCGUUUGCUCUGCUUAUGCUUUGGCCGAAUUUGCAAUUAAGUCUACAGCACGAUUUUGUCAACGAACCAUGGAAUCAAGUGAACGCAUACUUCUUGUUGCCUACUCACGAGUGGAAGGACUUGAAUGUAAAAUUCGUACUACAAGUGUACAGAGAUUACCUGCUGAUGUACAAGUGCUUGAGGUGGGAUGUUGAUGACGAUGGUAUAAUAGACAAUGCUGGUUUCGCAGACCAGACCUAUGACGCCUGGAACAUGACUGGGGCUAGUUCUUACUGUGGAGGCAUGUGGUUGGCUGCGGUGAAGAUGUUCACCCUGAUGGCCCACAUUCUCGACCAAUCAGUGGACAGGGAAUUUUUCGGCGACAUUCUCAGGAAGGGCAUCCAAUCGUUUGAUAGGAAACUUUGGAACGGUAUGUACUACGACUUCGACAGUAGCACCAGUGGCCACCACGACAGCUGCAUGGCUGACCAGCUGGCAGGUCACUGGUUCCUCAAGGCGUCACUAAUCGACGAUGAUGAUAUUUUUCCGUCACGCAAAACGACAAGUGCCUUACUAUCGACACUGGAGCUGAACGUCCUUCCGCAUUUUAAUGGUAGAAUGGGAGCGGUGAACGGAGCGCGUCCAGAUGGCGAAGUUGACACCACCAGUCUGCAGUCGGAGGAAUUUUGGGUCGGAGUGAAUUAUGGACUGGCCGCCUCGAUGAUUCAAGACGGACUCGUCGAGGAAGGCUGGCGUACGGCCUACGGAGCCUAUAGCACCUGCUACGACCGCUACGGCCUGGCCUUUCAGACGCCAGAAGCUUACUACCUGGAUGGGCAGUUUCGAUCUCUGGGCUACAUGAGACCACUGGCCAUUUGGGCUAUCCAGUUGGCACUGGAGUAUUAUCAGCGGGCACUGUUGAGAUGA